AUGUCGGAUACGCACGAGGUUGUGGCUCCUGCAGUUGUGGCCGACGCAGAGCGACCUUUGACGAACAAGGAAAAGCGUCAGUUGGCGGUAGCUCAGAAACGAGAGGCGAAAGAGGCGGCCGCUGCACGCAGACUCGGCAAGGACGUCACCGACUCCUCUGGUACAGCUACUCGUUCGGGUGUCAAGCGAAAGCUCGACUCGUCCACCGACGAUGCUGCAGAGGAUGGCGUCGCAGAAGCUGAACCCGCCGAGGAGGUCAAAGUGCUUUCGCACAAGGAACAACGUCGACGUAAGAAGCUAGCCAAACUCGAGGAUGCGCCUUCGACCGCUUCUGCUUCCGAUCCCGCUUCCGACCCGAAUUCACUCAUGCAUCCUGCUCGCAAGGCAACAGGCAACGACUCGGCGCUGCUGCCCCGAUCCGGAUUUUCGGUCUGGAUCGGCAACUUGUCCUUCUUCACGCCACCGAGCAAACUUGUGGAUUGGUUCAAUCAACGUGGAAUCGAUGGCAUAUCGCGCGUCAAUAUGCCCAAGGGUCUACGUAGAGCCGAGAUGAACAAGGGCUUCGCCUACCUAGACCUGCCGAGCAAGGACAUGUUAACAGCAGCAUUGAACUUGUCUGAACAACCGCUGGAUGGUAGGAAACUGCUCAUCAAGAACGGGAGCGAUUUCACGGGUCGACCGGAUAUCAACACGAGCGCGCUUGGGAUCGCACGAAAUCUGCCCAAUGCGACGACGAGCCAGUACACCGCAACGGACGAGGAUGCGGAUGAGACCAAGAACGAUCAAGCUGACGAGAAAACGGCUGACGAGAGAAAGGGAAAGACCGGAUUGACAAAGACGGCACAACGCAUUUUGCGUGCGCAGAAGAAUCCGCCGAGCAUGACGCUGUUUUUGGGCAACCUCAGCUUCAACACUACCGAACAGGGCGUCAGAGAGCUCUUUGACCAUUCGGCGACGAAACGGCAGCCUGUCGUCAAGGCCCACAAGACUAGAAAGGGCAACCAGCAUCAGCCAAAGUCAAAAUCGAACGAGCAUGACUCUGCGGACUCGCAUUCCAGCUCUUCUUCUGACUCGGACUCGGACUCGGACUCGGACUCGGACUCGGACUCGGAUUCUGACUCUGAUUCGAACAGCAGUAGCAGCUCCUCCUCUUCGAGCUCUUGCUCGUCCGUAGAAGCGGAAGCCUCGGGACGCACCACGAAAGACGCCUCUGGAGCGCAGGGCGAUGUGGUUGCUUCGCCUGCUGGCAUCCGUAAAGUGCGGUUGGGGACGUUCGAGGAUGCGCCGACCAAGUGCAAAGGAUUCGGCUUUCUGGACUUCCACACGAUCGAGCAGGCCACGGCAUCGCUGCUCGACGUGCGCAACACGUUUCUCGACGGUCGUCGACUGAUCGUGCAGUACGCCUCGGCCGAUGCGACUCGGCGCGGUGCGGGCAAAGCCUUCAAGUCGGCGCUCGACUCGAAAGGCAAGAACGAGCUCAGAGUGGGCUUCCAGCGAAACAAGCCGAAACGCUCCACGCUUCCAGCUCCACAACAUACCGAGCAGCAUACUCACACCGAACCGCCGCAACCAGGCUCGUUCGAUGCAAACGCUCCACUGCCGCGCAAACACAAGGAGACACAACAAGAACGCAUCGCAAGAAGAGCCAAUACUGCCACAGUCAAGCGUGCCAAGCCAGGCGCCGCGCUCGCCAACGCACAACGAGCAAGCACCGCCGUCGUUCAGAGCACCGGCACCAAGCUUACCUUUGACGAAUGA